AUUUUGGACGAGGGUACUUCGGAAGUGUACCUUACCGAUGCUCUCUAUUACCUGGCCGGUCACUCACGAACGUUUCCUAUUCGGUACCCACGUCUCGUGAGUUCGCACCCGGAAGGUGCGAAUUUGCGGCCAAAAGCAAUUCGAACCUAAUGCGUGGGGCGAGACAUAUGGUAUGCAUCAUAAAACUCAACAUCAUGAUGUCAAUCAAGAGCGAAUCAUAUCGAUGAGAGAAUUGACACACGCGCCGCGCACUCUCUCUCAAUCAAUCUCUCGUCGGACUCUCAGGAGUUUGCCACUUCCUUUUUGACUCCGUCGCUAAAAGAGGCCCCUCGCUGUUUUCGGUCGCUCGCUCGCUCGGGUUCGCUCUCGCUCCGGUGCGUUCAACUUUCAAAAGCGAGUAGCGAGACGCGAAACAUCUCCGUCUCUUCCUGCUGCUGCUGCUGCUUCUUCUCUCCGAAGGAAGCCACAGUCGGUAAUAGCUCCGGAUUCAUGCGUCUGGAGCUAUUUCUUGAUAGAUAAGUCGAGGUUCUCAGCUUCUUGCUAGAGUGGCUUAGAUUCUGGACAUUGCUCGCCCGGAGAUAUUUUGGUUUCCCUGUGUUUUGCACUCGAGAGAUGAUCAAGCAGAUACUGGGUAGACUUCCGCGGAAGCCAUCCAAGUCCGAAAACCGUGACCAUGGAGGCUCGGUCGCCUCGUCUAUGAAGUCUAGCGGGGGUUCGAGGAGUGGCGAUGUUGCGAGUCAUAGACUGGAUAACUCGAGCAAUGUGUCUCUUCCAGGUCCUGCUUCUGCUUCAAAUUUGGGAAAUGGUCAUGGACGUAAGCCUGCCCAAGUUGUGAAUUCAAAGUAUGAUAAUGUGACACCUGCUUCUUAUGAAGCAUUGCCUGCUUUUAGAGACGUACCGAACUCUGAGAAGCAGAAUGUGUUUAUUAGAAAGUUAAACAUGUGUUGUGUUUUGUUUGACUUCACUGAUCCCACGAAGAAUAUAAAGGAGAAGGACAUUAAACGGCAAACACUGCUUGAGCUUGUGGAUUACGUCACUUCUGCAAAUGGAAAGUUCACUGAAACUGCAAUGCAAGAUAUUGUAAAAAUGGUAUCAGUGAAUUUGUUUAGGCCAUUCACCCCUCAGCCUCGGGAGAACAAGGUAUUUGAAGCUUUUGACUUGGAAGAGGAAGAGCCUUUGAUGGACCCUGCAUGGCCUCAUUUGCAAAUUGUGUAUGAAUUUUUUCUGAGGUUUGUUGCAUCGCCUGAAACAGAUGCAAAGUUGGCUAAGAGAUAUAUUGAUCACUCUUUUGUGUUGAAGCUGCUAGAUCUCUUCGAUUCUGAGGAUCCUAGAGAAAGAGAAUAUUUGAAAACGAUUCUGCAUCGAAUAUAUGGAAAGUUUAUGGUACAUCGACCGUUUGUCAGAAAAGCUAUCAACAACAUCUUCUUUCGUUUCAUCUUUGAAACAGAGAAGCAUAAUGGGAUUGCUGAACUUUUAGAAGUUUUGGGCAGCAUAAUCAAUGGGUUUGCUCUCCCAUUGAAAGAAGAACACAAACUAUUCCUUGUUAGGGCUCUUAUUCCUUUGCACAAACCUAAAUGCUUGCCAAUGUACCAUCAGCAAUUGUCAUAUUGCGUCACACAGUUUGUGGAGAAAGACUGUAAACUCGCGGACACUUUAAUUAGGGGUCUGCUUAAGUAUUGGCCUGUGACAAAUAGCUCAAAGGAGGUCAUGUUUUUAAGUGAGCUGGAAGAAAUACUGGAAGCAACUCAGCCACCUGAAUUCCAGAGAUGUAUGGUGCCCCUUUUCAGGAAUAUUGCGCGAUGCUUGAGCAGUUCACACUUUCAGGUGGCAGAAAGGGCUUUGUACUUGUGGAACAAUGAUCAUAUUGAGAACUUAAUAAGACAAAAUCGAAGCGUUAUACUGCCAAUAGUGUUCCCUGCUCUGGAGAGAAAUUGCCGUCAUCACUGGAACCAGGUUGUCCAGAGCUUGACACUUAAUGUUCGGAAAAUAUUCUCUGAUGUUGAUCCAGAGCUAUUUGAGGAGUGCUUGCAGAAGUUUCAGGAGGAUGAAGAAAAAGCUGAGGAUAUGAAGAAGAAACAUGAAGCGACAUGGAAACAGUUGGAAGACAUUGCUGCAACAAAAGCUGCGACUAACGAAGCAGUACUUGUGCCUUAUGUUUUACCCAGCCAAUUUUCUUCAACCCAGUAAUAUGAGAUGGGUAUGUGGUCAAAAGUUCCAAUUUUUUUUGGAUCUGCAGGCACCGUAAUAUGGUCAAUGUGCUUAGAGACUGCUCUCAGGGAUUAUCCGAUUGUCUUUUGGGCCUUUGGUAGAAGGCAUGCCCUGAUGGCCAAGAAUGUUGGAGGGAUGAAAUGAGCGAGCCACACUUCAGAAUUUAUUCAGGAGAGUCAGUCACCAUUCAAGAUGGAGAAAUGAGAGGUAGUUGCCAAGAGUUAACUUGUGAGGGGGGUGAAGCGGGGAAUGCCUGAUGAAUUGUGUCGUAUAUGAGAAACUGCUAUUUAACUUCUCCAUUAAGUCGAUGUAUGAUAGUAUUCUUUUUUUUUACUCCUAGAAUUAAAUUCCCCGUUGGCAUGACUUCUGGUUGUAUAGAUUCUGAUAAUCUCAAGAGUUUUUGAUACGAGAUGUGAUGGAUAGUUUCUUGA